AUGGGAGUCAUUGGCGACAUCCUCGGUGCCAUCUGGUCUUUCCUCGUCGGCAUUUGGGACCUAAUCGUCAACGUUUGGAACCUACCGGGCGUCGUCUGGGACCAGCUGUGUAUUUUCUGGGCGAACGCGGUCGUCUUCUGGGAUCAAAUGCCGUGGGAUCAAAUCGACUGCGUGUCCAAGUACAGUCUUAUUGGUGCCUGUUUUGGGGCAAUCGGUAUUCCUCUCGCUACUGGCGCCAUCCUGCUUGUCCUUGGAUUCAGCGUGGUGGGUAUUAGGGCUCUAUCGCUUGGAGCGACGAUGAUGUCGCGUCACGGCGGAUACACGCCUGUUGGUGGGACUGUGGCGACAAUGCAGUCGAUGGGCACAAAGGGGUUUUCUGUUGGCUUCCGACCCAAUGUCAUGAUCGCUGGUAGUAUCUUGGGGCUGGUAGCGGCUGAUAUCGAGGACCAACUACGUGAUGUGUGGGCCAAAGUGGCCGUCUUUCCGAACCUAAUCAGUAACGGCUGGAACCUACCAGCUGUCGUCGAGGACCAACUACGUGCUGUGUCGGCCAAAAUGGUCGACUUUCCGAACCUACCAGCUGUCGUCGAGGACCAACUACGUGCUGUGUCGGCCAAAAUGGUCGACUUUCCGAACCUACCAGCUGUUGUCGAGGACCAACUACGUGCCGUGUCGGCCAAAAUGGUCGCCUUUCCGAACCUAAUCGCUGAUAUCGAGGACCAACUACGUGUCUUGUGGGCCAACGUGGUCGUCUUUUGGGACUUAAUCGUCAACGAUUGGAACCAACCAGGCGUCAUCAAGGACCAACUACGUAUUGUGUGGGCUAAAGUGGUCGUCUUUUGGGACUUAGUCGUCAACGAUUGGAACCUACCGGGGGUCAUCAAGGACCAUCUACGUGUUGUGUGGGCUAAAGUGGUCGUCUUUCCGUACCUGAUUGGUAACGGCUGGAACCAACUAGGCGACGUCAAGGUCCAGCUACACGUUUUCUGGGCCGAAGUGGUCGUCUUUUGGGACUUACUCGUCAACGAUUGGAACCAACCAGGUGACAUCAAGGACCAACUACAUGUUGUGUGGGCUGAAGUGGUCGCCUUUUGUGACUUACUCGUUAACGAUUGGAACCUACCGGGCGUCAUCAAGGACCGACUACCUUUUGUGUGGGCCAACUUGGUCGUCUUUUGGGACUUACUCGUGAACGUCUGGAACCUACUGGGCGUCAUCUGGGGCCAGCUGUGUAUUUUCUGGGCGAACGUGGUCGUCUUCUGGGACCAAAUGCCGCGGGAUCAAAUCGGCUGCGUGUCCAAGUACGGUCUCAUUGGUGCCUGUUUUGGGGCAGUCGGUAUUCCUCUCGCUAUUGGCAUCAUCCUGCUUGUCCUUGGAUUCGGCGAGGUGGGUAUUGGGGCUCUAUCGCUUGGAGCGACGAUGAUGUCGCGUCACGGCGGAUACACGCCUGUUGGUGGGACUGUGGCGACAAUGCAGUCGAUGGGCACAAAGGGGUUUUCUGUUGGCUUCCGACCCAAUGUCAUGAUCGCUGGUAGUGUCUUGGGGCUGCUGCAUUAA